AUUUCGAUUUUUGCAAUCUUCGAUCGCAAACAUCCAAAAACAAAGAUACUCAUCUUCGCCUUAUCGCAUUCUUGCUAGUAACAAACUUUCUUAUCUAAUCAUGGGUAAAGACAUUGAAACCGGAAGCGGCGCCCCUACUGCGGGUCCCGACGUGUGGCACGUGUUGGACACCGAUGCAGCCAUGGAAACCUUGAAGACGUCGAGGCAGGGCUUGAGUUCUUCGAAAGCUGCUGAGUUCUUGGAGAAGUAUGGCUACAAUGAGCUUACUGAGAAGAAAAAGAAGACAUUGUUGGAGCGCAUCUGGGCUCAAGUCAACAAUGUCUUGGUUGGAAUUUUGGCUGUUGUUGCUGUGGUCUCUGCUGCCAAAGCUGCUACUGCCAAGUCUACCGAGGAUGCCAUUACCAAUUGGCUUGAAGUUGCCUUGAUUAUCUUCGUUAUCUCCCUCAAUGCCUGGAUUGGUAUCAUGCAGGAAGGUUCUGCCGAGAAGGCCGCUAACGCCCUCAAGUCGAUGCUUUCCUCUGAUGCUGAAGUCGUUCGUGAUGGACGCAACACUGAAAUCCCUGCGCGUGAACUUGUCCCUGGUGAUGUUGUUGUCUUGAAGACUGGUGACCGUACCCCUGCUGAUAUCCGUAUGAUUGAGGUUAGCAACAUUGCCUGUACUGAAGCUGCUUUGACCGGAGAAUCCCUUCCUGUUGAGAAAGUUGUUGAAGCCCUUGAAGCCUCUAACCCUGAAGAAGUUCCUCUUGGUGACCGCAAGAACAUGGCUUUCUCUGCUACUUUGGUUUCCCAAGGACGCGGUUUGGGUCUGGUUGUUGCAACUGGAGACAACACCCAGAUUGGUACUAUCAACGCCCUUGUGAACAAUGUCGAGACAAAGAAGACUGCCGUCUUGGAACAGAUUGACAACGUGUCCAAGGUCAUCGCUUGCUUUGUUGUCCUCUGUGGUUUGAUCACCUUCUUUGUGGCCUACUUCCAUGUUGACCAACCUCCUCUCGACUCUGUUGCCAUCGCCUUGGUCUGUGCUGUUGCCAUGAUUCCUGAAGGUCUUGCCUCCAUUGUGUCCUUGACCUAUGCAUAUGCUGUCUCCAACAUGGCCAAAUUGAAUGCUAUUGUUCGCAUGCUUCCUGCUGUUGAAACCCUUGGAAGUGUCACCGUCAUCUGCUCCGACAAGACUGGAACCCUCACCAAGAAUGAGAUGACAUUGACUGCCUUCAUCACUUCCAAUGCUCGCUACCAAUUCAACACUGACAGUACCGAAAGAGUCAGCAGCAACUUUGUUCGCAAUGAUGCCUUCAUGGCAACCAAGAGUGGUGAAGCUGGAGGUGCCCCUAUCACCAGCACUGAUUCUUCCCCAGUUGCCAAUGGUCAGUCUCCCAACACUGCUUUCUUCAAGAGUGCCAUGGCGGGAGGUGUUCUUUGCAGCAACAGUCAGCUUGGUGUCAAUGGUGGUCGUGAAGGAGAGAUUGGAAACCCUACAGAGCUUGCGAUUGUUCGUGCUGCCCACUUCUCUGGUGUUGAAAUCGACGGAACCCGCAGCCGAAGUGCUCAGAUUGCCGAGGUCCCCUUCAGCAGUGAAUACAAGUUUAUGGCUACUGUCCACAACCCUGUUCCCGAGGUUGACGGCCCAGGAUAUGAUGAUGACCUUAUUGUCCAUGUGAAGGGUGCACCUGAUCGAAUGGUUGCCCUGUGCUCUCACCAAGCUAAGGCAGGUCUCAUGGGUGUUGAAAACAUGGAGCCCAUUGACCGUGACUACUGGAACAACCAAAUCUCCAUCUUGAGCUCGUAUGGUCUUCGUGUGCUUGCUCUUACUCGUGGAACUGUUCCCAAGAGCUCUGUCAAGGCUGGAGAACAACUGAAGCCAGACUUUGUUAAGGCCAAGGGACAGUGGUUGACCAUUGUUGGAUUGUGCGCUAUCAUGGAUCCUCCUCGUCCUGAGUGUGUGGAUGCUAUCAAGACUGCCAAGACUGCUGGAAUCCGUGUUGUCAUGAUCACAGGAGACCACAAGGACACUGCUCUUGCCAUUGGUGAAAUGCUUGGAUUGGUUGAUGAGAAGUUCUCUGAAGCCCUCACUGGACCUGAACUUGAUUCUUUCGAUGACGCCCAAAUGCGCAAGGCUGUCAUGACCCACAAUGUCUUCGCACGUGCCUCACCCCAGAACAAGAUCCAGAUUGUUGAAGCUCUUCAGGCCGAAAAGCAAGUCUCCUCUAUGACUGGUGAUGGUGUCAAUGAUGCUCCCGCUUUGAAGAAGGCAGAUAUGGGUGUGGCUAUGGGCAAGGAAGGAACUGAUGUUGCCCGUGAAGCUUCCGAGAUGAUUUUGGCCGAUGAUAACUUUGCCACCAUUGUUGCUGCUGUCCGUGAAGGCCGUGUUGUUUGGGACAACCUCCGAAAGAUCCUCUUUGUCAACACCCCCAUCAACAAUGCUCAAGGUCUCUCUGUCCUCUUCGGUAUGGUCUUCGGAAUGAAGGAUACUCUCUUGACACCCAUCCAAGUUCUCUACUGCAACCUUAUCUGUGCUGUCACCCUUGGAUUUGUCCUUGCUGUUGAGCCUGCUGAAGAGGGUAUCAUGCUUAUGCCCCCUCGCAAGCCUGGAAAGCGCCUCAUUGGACGAUUCCUGCUCCUUCGUAUUGUUCUCGCCACCAUCACCCUUGUCGGCUUGGUUGUUGGAGCUUCUUACCUUGUUCGAGGAAUUGACGGCGACAAUGAAGAUGGAAAGCGAUAUGACUUGGCCCAGAUCCGUUCUCAAGCCUCCAACACUUUGACAUUCUCCGCUAUUUCCGUGACCCUCAGUGCUCGCUUCACCUACCUCUCUUCCUUCCAUCCUCGUCUCUUUGUUGGCAAUCCCUUCAUGUGGUACUCCCUUUGCCCCCUCGUCUUCUUGCAGCUCAUGAUCACCUACAUUCCUGGCCUCAACAGUGUCCUCUUUGGCAUGGGCCCCAUGGAUGGUUACCAGUGGCUUGUUGUUGUUGUCUGCAUGGCUAUUACCUUCGUGGUCAUGGAAACCGAGAAGUUCAUCAGAAGCAACAUGAAAAAGAACGGAUCGGACACCGACGACAGAGAAUUCGACGGUCGCUUCGAUGGUUGAGAGACGUAUCGAUGAUUCCAUCGAGUUUUUGAACGCUUCUCCCUGCAAAAGCAGAUAUAUGUUUUGUGAUCCCUGUGUACAUGAAUGCGAAUCAAGGUACAGCGUAGCCCUCUUGCACAUAGCCCCUUAAAAAGAUACUAUAGCUACUGUUU